CGCCACUACUCACAUCUGCGUUUGCGUCACACUUGAAACCGACUGGCGUUGCAGAAAAAAAUUUUCAAUAUUCCGUCUACCUAGACCCACACCAUACACCUAUAGACAUGUUGACCCUCUGGUGCCUUUUUGCGUUCGUGACGGCAACGUUCGCAGCCACCCACGAGUACAACUUCACCGUCCUGUGGAUCGACGCGAACCCGGACGGCGUGUUUACGCGCCGUGUACUCGCGAUCAACGGCGCGUACCCGGCCCCAACGAUCCACAUCACGCGCGGUGACCGUUUGGUUCUCCACCUUACCAACGGCUUGCCAUCCCACAACACAUCCUUGCACUUCCACGGGCUUUUUCAGGAGGGCAGCAACCUGAUGGAUGGCCCCGAAAUGGUGACGCAGUGUCCGAUUCCACCGGGCUCCACGCUCACGUACAACUUCACCGUCGACUCGCAGCACGGAACAUAUUGGUAUCACUCACACUCGGGUGCACAGUACGGUGACGGGCUCCGCGGGGUCCUUGUGGUGCACGAGAAAAAAGAGCCGUUUGCAUACGACGAGGAGGUUGUGGUGUCGAUCAGCGAGUGGUACCACCGCGAGACGUCUGACUUGAAGCACGACUUUUUGUCGCGGUUCAACCCGACGGGAUCUGAACCAAUUCCACAGAACGUUCUCUUCAAUGGGUCGCGCAAUGUCACAUGGGCGGUUGCGGUGAAUACAACCUACCUUAUGCGAGUCGUCAACACGGGCCUCUUCCUCUCACAGUACUUGUACAUCGAGGGCCAUGAGAUGACCGUGGUUGAGGCCGACGGGAUCUAUGUCGAGCCCUACACCACUGACAUGCUCUAUCUCACCGUCGCCCAGCGCUACUCCGUGCUUGUGAAGACGAAGCAAGCCAGCGAUAAGAACUUUGCUAUAGUUCAGGUUAUGGACGAGGAAAUGUUGGACAGUGUUCCGGCGGACUUGGAAACGCGAGGGGUUAACUACAUGGUCUACGACUCGAACCUCUCAUUGCCGCACGCGCUGGCCCGCAAGUUAUCUGCAUUUAAUGACGCCGACUUGCGUCCGCGCGACCCUGAGGAGCUCCUUGCGGACCCGGACUACUUCAUCGUGCUCGACGUUAUCAUGGACAACCUCGGCGAUGGUGUCCAGUACUCUUUUUUCAACAACAUCACGUACGUCGCGCCGCGCGUGCCGACACUCUAUUCGGUGCUCUCGGCUCCAGAAGAGCUCGUGAACAACGCCGCCAUCUAUGGCUCCAACACCAAUGCGUUUGUUCUCCAAAAGGACGAGGUGGUUGAGAUCGUUGUCAAUAACAAGGACGAUGGGCGGCACCCGUUCCAUCUCCACGGGCACGUGUUCCAGAUUGUGGCAAAGUCCCCGGCUUUUGACGAACCCACAGCGUACAACGAGUCCGCGCAUGAGUCGUUACCCGAGUAUCCAAUGCGCCGUGACACCAUACUUGUCGAGUCGAACGGGUACAUGGUGCUCCGUUUCCGUGCAGACAAUCCCGGUGUGUGGUUCUUCCACUGUCAUGUGGACUGGCACUUGGAGCAGGGCUUGGCCAUCACGCUUAUCGAGGCGCCAGAAGAGUUAAGAAGUCAACAGGGUGCAAUUCUGGAGAACCAUCUUGAAGUGUGUGCCGCCGCGCGCAUUCCGACCCGUGGUAACGCCGCGGGCAAUGCAGUGGCGUGGUUGGAUUUGGCCGGCGAGAACGUGCAGCCACAGCCGCUUCCGGAGGGGUUUACGCUUAAGGGGUACGUGGCGUUGUUUAUCAGCACUCUCGUGGGGCUCUACGGGAUUUACAGUAUUUAUGUGUUUGGGAUCGAGGAUGUAAAGGGGGACACUGAGAACUUGCAGGCAACGUUGCGAGCGAUUUUGAGCGAGCACGGAGGGGCAAGGGUGCCACCAUACGGGACGAGAGGGAGUGGAAGCUUUGAUGUGGGUACGAGUACGUAGAGCGGAACCGAAGGCGAAGUUCAAGUGUGAAAUGUAUCUAUAUUCAUAGAGUAAUCAUGGUGGAUUACUUUUUUUUUUUCAGACGGAAGCUGAUUGUAGACUGGACAGGGACUUAAAACAGGAUUUUUUGCGACGGUUUUGGACUUAUCGUUGGUCGGAAAUUUAGUUUUGAGUGCUUCUGUUGGAGUAUGUGAAGAAAAUAAAUAACUUCAAACGAAAAAAGGCUAUAUAAACGUUAUAUCUGACUUUUUGGUAUUCAAAUGGUGCUUUGUUUUAACUACUGGGGAUUUCUUGGCAAUG